GACUAUUCGAUUAGCUGGUUAAUUGAACUUUUACAUUCCUAGUGUAAGAAAGUACUAUUCCAUGUAAGGCGAGGUGGCAUAUUCUGGCCCUUAGUGUGUAAUGCUGGAUUGUAACCUUCCUUUCCCUUUGUUAAAGGUAAUAAAUGCCUUGCAAUCAAAACAUCAGUGUGAUGAAGGAGAAGCUCACAUGAUUUGUAAUAAGGUCAAAGAAAAACUCCUCAAAGAAUGUCAUGAUCCAGCUAAGGUGUGCAUUACUGAUUUAAGGAUCUCACAUUGGGAAGAAGCAAUACAAGAAACAAAGGGUGGCGAGGCUAAUCGAAAUCUGGCUGCAGAAUGUUAUUUCCUGUGGAAAACUACACGCUUAAAGCAUCUAACCCUGACAGAGGAUAUAAGAAAGAUGCUUACUGAACUUCGAAAAAUGGUCCGCUUGCUUUUAUUAACUAAUGGAGACAGACAAACUCAGAGGGAGAAGAUUGAAGCAUGUGGCUGUCAACCAUACUUUGAUGCUAUUGUUGUGGGAGGAGAACAGAAAGAAGAAAAACCAGCACCAUCUAUAUUUCAUCAUUGUUGUAAGCUACUAGAGGUACAGCCUUGGGACUGUGUGAUGGUUGGUGACUCACUAGACACAGAUAUUCAAGGAGGCCUGAAUGCUGGUUUGAAAGCAACUGUCUGGAUAAAUAAAACAAUGACAAUGCCAAUAAACACUUCCCCAACACCUGAUUAUAUAAUUUCUUCUGUUCUUGAUCUUCCAGCACUCUUACAGAAUAUGGACCACAAAACGAAUGCUAACUUAGAAACUGACAAGAUGAUUCGUUUUAAUGAUGGACACCAUAGUGCCAGUAUAGAAUCCAAGAAAUGCUAAGUCUGUAGCCUGCUAAUGCUUUUGUUGAAGGUUUGGAACUAAAAUCUUACACGUGAAUAUAUUUACUCAAAUGGUGGAUGUGGGAGUAAGAGUAUAUUUAUGAGUGCAGUUGAAUAGAAAAGUAUUGAAUCUUGUUAUUGACAUUUUUUGAAAAUAAAUUAUGCAUAAGUUAUCUUCUAUUUAUGCUCUGCAUCUGGAAAUAACUAUGAUAGACUUUUUUAGCAUUGGUCAGACAACCAUGCUUAUCAGCCUUUUGCUCUAACAAAGAAAAAGGAAAAAUAGUGUUAAGAUUUUCAUUUUGGUUUGCUGACUUGUAAGUUAUGAUUGAAAUUCCUGCUAAAAAGAUUGUUUGCAGUAUGUAGAAGGUAGAAGAGAGAACGUGGUAGAACUCUAGGCUAUGUCUACACUGCAGAUUUCUUGCGCAAGAACUUUUUGCACAAGAGUUCUUGCACAAGAGCACAUCCACACAGCCAUGUGCUUUUGCGCAAGAGCAUCCAUGGCAGCGUGGACACUUUCUUGUGCAAGAAAGCUCUGAUGGCCAUUUUAGCCAUAGGGGUUUCUUGCGCAAGAAACCCCUGUUGCCGUCCAUACUAGCCUUUUUGCGCAAGAGGUCUUGCGCAAAAAGACUUAUUUCUCGAAGGGAGAGGAAUAACUCUUGCACAAAAAGCCCUCUUUUCUGACAAUCUACUGUACAUUUUCUUGUGCAAGAAUGGGCUUGUUGUGUGGAUGCUCUGCAAGUUUUUGUGCAAGAACGGCUGUUUUUGCACAACAAGCCUGCAGUGUAGACAUAGCCUUAGGUUCUUUACAAUCUAAUCUGUAGAUUUCCUAAUACCAAUUGAAGUGAAUUUCCCCAUUUUAAAAAGUGAUUUGAUCUCUAGUACAUAAAGUAGCCCACUCUAAAUUUUUUGGGUAAACAUUGAUAUUGUAAGUUUGGAAGCUAGUGAUUAUCUUCCCAAAUUUUGCAGUGACUUAUUUAAUAAGACCCAAAUCCCUGUCAGAAAAAUAAAUGUAUGUGCACCUGAAAGCUUGCAUAUAUACAGGGGGGCAUUUAUCAGUGGGACUUCAUGUAUAGGAUUUUGUUUUAAUCAUAUGUAUCUGCACUAAAAUAGUAUUUUUAAUGCAGAUUGUGAUUUUCUGCACUAUAAUGUGAGUUUAUUAGACAUUUGCAAUGGUCUUCACUCAGUUUUGUCUAAUAUUCUUAAAACCAAAGAACAAUUGCGUUAGUGAAUUUUGAUCAAACAUUUUGUAAACUUUGGUCUUGCAUUUGGCUCAGGAACGUUGCAAUGGUUUAUCCAUUUGGAGCCAGUAAAAGAUUGGAGCCUUUUUGUCUACUAAUUGUUGCUGUAGGACCGUUCCAAAUUCUAGCUUCUACAUGUAUUUCAUCUGUACUUACUUGGAAAAAUUGUAAACUGUUAAAGUGUUUUACAUGACUUUUCAAACAACUUGAAUUCAGGUAUAGAAUGUAAUACUGGAUAAACAUCUGUGUGUUCAGUAUUGACAUUGGAUUUAGAAAAUGACCCUGUUUAUGCCAAUAUUAUAAUACUACUCUUCACAAAAUUAUUUGUUUGAUUUUCUUUUGUGACAUUUAUUUUCCCUCCUUACAAAAUGCUUUUUUCAAUAAUGUAACUUUUUGCACACAAAAAUAAGAACUUUUGAUAACAUCAAGUUUUAAUUUUAAUAUUUUAAAAAUUGGGGAAAAGGCAAAAUGCCUAUCAUGUGAUGGAUCACAAAUUUCAUGUUUUAAAAUACUGCUCAUAACCAUUGAUAGUUACAUUUUUGGACAUGGUUGUGAGUUAGGAAAGAAAAUCUCAGACUUGGAGAGUCAUAAGCACCAUAAAGAAUCAAACUUAGAAGGCUGGAAGGACAUGUCUAGAUGAUAAAGCUACAUCAGUUUAACCUAAGAUGUGAAUUUAAACCUAUUUUAAACUGAUGUAGUGCCCUGCGUAGAGACUUACUUUGGUUUAAAUGGCCAUUAAAUCACAGUGUCAUCCGUAAGUAGAAAUAAGAGUGUCUGAAGAGUAUUGCAUUUUAAAUUGAUUUUAAAAAAGUUAAACCAGUUCAACUUCAUGUAGACAAGCACUAGGGGAUGCCCUCAAGGAGUAAACUGCCAGUCAUACAGAACAAUCAGUUAAAGAAAAGCAGACACCACCUACGCCAAAGGGGGGGAACCUGAGGCUCAGGGGUCAGAGACAGUCCCUAGCUUGCCUGGAUCCAGUCCCUGAGGCUCAGGGCUCCCCUUCCCCGGCAUUGGGGAGCUUGCAUUGGUGCUCCAGCCCCUCACCGCAGGGCUCGAGCACACAACAUUUAGCCUGGGCCCCCUAGGCUCUGGUGUGUGAGGGAAAUGUGGGGAGUGUCUUUCUGCUUCUCAGUCGGGGACCAUUUCAGGGUUUUUUAACUUCUCACUUGUGUGGUCCCCGACUAAUUGUGGGUCAGCAGCCCCGACCCCCAAAGAAGUUCCCCACCCCUGACCUAAGCCUUUAACAUAGUUAUGGGGGAAAAUUAAGAAGGAAGGCUAGUCCAAAAAUAAGGUGCUUAUGUGAAACAAACAAAUGUAUACAAAAGGUUAGAAGGUGUCACUAAGUAUACAAAUACUUGGUUCUGUAAACUUUAAUUAAAAAAAAAAAAAAACUACCACAACCUCCCAAGAUUUGUAACACUAAAAAAACUAUUGUUUCUUCAGCACAA